CGGGCGAGCGGGCGGGGGCACUGCAGCACCGCGGCCCUCGGGCGGCCGGGCAGCGGCCCGCUAGAGGGGGCGCUGUGGGCACCGCCGAGCUUCCUUUUGUCAGCGCACUCGGCCGGGAGAGCUCUCAUUUCCUCUCAGCCUCGUGCGGGAAAUGGAUUUGAUUCUGACAGCAGAGCUGUAAGGGACGAGCGCGAACGAAAGCCUUUUGUCAAGGAGUGGCAGCCUCUGUUGUCUGUGAUUACCACUGACGCGGAGAAGCUGCGCUGCUGGUGGAAUUCCAGGCAGCUCUGGCCAGUGCGCGGCUGCAGGAUGGGUAGAAAACACUGCUCUGCAGAUUAGCUGGGUGCAUUUAUCAAGCAGCUCUCCCAAAGAAAGCCAGCCAACAAAACAAGCCCCCAACCACCCGCAGCCGAGGACCAGAGAUGGAGAAGAUGCCUUGCAGGAGCCUACGGCCGACAUCGGAAACCAGUCCUCAUGUUCUUUCUGACUGAAGGCAGAAGGGGAUUCAAGCUCUACAAGCAGCGUCACUGAUCCAUCACUGUUGUUUCUACCCGGAUGUUUGAGAUCCUAUAGAUGUGGUCAUCGAGCCAGGCAGUAGAGCGGAGUGUACAGACUGAGCGCUGAGAAGAGGCAGCCCGGGCCAAGGCUGCUCUGGCCUCCUGGGGUCCAGGAGUGUACUACAAACCCACCAGGACGAUGAGUGAAGAGACCGUCCCCGAGGCCGCCUCCCCGCCGCCCGCGCAGGGGCAGCAGUACUUCGACCGCUUCUCUGAGGACGACCCCGAGUACCUGCGCCUUCGCAGCCGCGCGGCCGACCUGCGGCAGGACUUCAACCUGAUGGAGCAGAAGAAGCGCGUCACCAUGAUCCUGCAGAGCCCGUCUUUCAGGGAGGAGCUGGAAGGCCUCAUCCAGGAGCAGAUGAAGAAGGGGAACAACUCCUCCAACAUCUGGGCCCUGCGGCAGAUCGCGGACUUCAUGGCCAGCACCUCCCACGCAGUCUUCCCAACAUCUUCCAUGAACUUCUCCAUGAUGACGCCCAUCAAUGACCUCCACACAGCCGACUCCCUGAACCUGGCCAAGGGGGAGCGGCUCAUGCGGUGCAAGAUCAGCAGUGUCUACCGCCUCCUGGACCUGUAUGGCUGGGCCCAGCUGAGCGACACCUACGUGACGCUGAGAGUCAGCAAGGAGCAGGACCACUUCCUGAUCAGCCCUAAGGGAGUCUCUUGCAGCGAAGUCACAGCAUCCAGCCUGAUCAAGGUGAACAUCCUGGGAGAGGUGGUGGAGAAGGGCAGUAGCUGCUUCCCUGUGGACACCACGGGCUUCUGCCUGCACUCGGCCAUCUACGCUGCCAGACCCGACGUGCGUUGCAUCAUCCACCUGCAUACUCCGGCCACGGCGGCGGUGUCAGCCAUGAAGUGCGGCCUCCUGCCUGUGUCCCAUGAUGCCCUGCUGGUGGGGGACAUGGCAUAUUAUGACUUCAAUGGCGAGAUGGAGCAGGAAGCUGAUCGGAUCAACCUGCAGAAGUGCCUUGGACCCACCUGCAAGAUCCUGGUGCUAAGAAACCAUGGAGUGGUUGCUCUGGGUGAUACCGUGGAGGAGGCAUUUUAUAAGAUCUUCCACCUACAGGCUGCGUGUGAGAUACAGGUGUCUGCUCUGUCCAGCGCAGGGGGUGUGGAGAACCUCAUCCUGCUGGAACAGGAGAAGCAGCGGCCUCAUGAGGUGGGCUCUGUGCAGUGGGCAGGGGGCACCUUCGGGCCCAUGCGGAAGAGCCGGCUGGGGGAGCACGAGUUCGAGGCCCUCAUGAGGAUGCUGGACAAUCUGGGUUACAGAACAGGCUACACCUACCGCUAUCCCUUCGUUCAAGAGAAAACCAAACACAAAAGUGAGGUGGAGAUACCAGCCACGGUCACUGCCUUCGUGUUUGAGGAGGACGGCGCCCCAGUGCCUGCCCUGCGGCAGCAUGCCCAGAAGCAGCAGAAGGAGAAGACCCGCUGGCUCAACACGCCCAACACCUACCUGCGGGUCAACGUGGCUGACGAGGUCCAGAGGAGCAUGGGUAGCCCUCGGCCCAAGACCACAUGGAUGAAGGCUGACGAGGUGGAGAAAUCCAGCAGUGGCAUGCCUAUACGGAUCGAAAACCCAAACCAAUUUGUGCCUCUCUAUACUGACCCCCAAGAAGUGCUGGACAUGCGCAACAAGAUUCGAGAACAAAACCGACAGGAUGUGAAGUCGGCAGGGCCCCAGUCCCAGCUGCUGGCGAGCGUCAUCGCAGAGAAGAGCCGAAGCCCGUCCACAGACAGCCAGCUGAUGUCCCAGGGCCAGGCGGAUGCCAAAGACGAAUCCGAGGAGACGGCGCCCAACCCCUUCAGCCAACUCACGGACCAGGAGCUGGAGGAGUACAAGAAGGAGGUGGAGAGGAAGAAGCUGGAACUGGAGGGAGAGAAGGAGCCUGCCCCAGAGGAACCUGGCUCCCCUGUGAAGUCUGCACCUGCUUCUCCAGCUCAGAGCCCAGCCAAGUCCGAGCCGAAGAGCCCUGUGGGCUCUCCCUCCAAAUCUGUGGACGAAGAGGCUAAACUGACAGAAACGAGCAAAGUCACCACAGAGCCGGACGUGACGCAGCCAGAAGGAGUGGUGGUCAACGGGAGAGAGGAUGAGCAGACGGUGGAGGACACCCUCAGCAAAGGCCUCAGCCAGAUGACCACCAGUGCUGACACGGAUGUGGAUACCUCCAAGGACAAAACCGAGUCUGUCACCAGCGGCCCCAUGUCCCCAGAGGGCUCGCCUUCCAAGUCUCCCUCAAAGAAGAAGAAGAAAUUCCGUACCCCAUCCUUCCUGAAGAAGAGCAAAAAGAAGGAGAAAGUGGAGUCCUGAUUCGCAGUCCCCUGGGGCUCCCAUUUGUGUCUCCCCUACCCCUGCCCCGCCUUCUCCCAUCUCUGACCCUGGAAGCGUGGGGCCGAGGAGGGGUCGAGUAGGCCCUGGAUCACACUCUGAUGGGAAACUUAGAGAUUGUCCCCCCCAGCCCCUCAUUGUCCCUCUGCCCCACAGAAAUCAGGUGACUUUCCCAAGGUCACUCAGCUAGUUCAAGGCAGAGCUCACACUAGAUUUCACGUCUCCUGGCUCGCGGUCCUGAGCUCCUUCCAGACACAACACUGCCUAGGUGUGGGCCACGCUCGCAAGGAUGCUGCCCCUGAUCUGAGCCCAGGGCAAGGGGCCCAAGCCGGCCGCCAGCUCUCACCAACCAGGCCCCAUUCAGACAGGCUGAGGCUUCCUUGAGCAAGGUCCUUGUCCUUGCGGGAACCCAGUCUCUUGCUGAUGGAGCUAUCACUAUAUUUAGAAAUCUCUCUUCUCUUUCCUGUAGGGUAAUGGCCCUGCUGCUCACAGUACCCAGACAAAUGGACCUGUCCCCUCAACCAGAAGUUAAUCCCUGUUCCCAAGGGCUGAUGGCUUAGCUUGUGCUUCCCCAACCACUAACCUUGAGCUUUCUUCAUGGAACCUCUGGAAUGAUGGCUGGAACAGUUGUAAAAGUGGGCAGGCAUGAGGGCAGCCAGGUCAGCCACAAAGCGGGGGACGGUUUGAUCAAUAUAAGAAGCCAGGGACUUAACACAUUUGAAUUGUGCAUCUCAGGCGCUUGAAAACUAAAACCAAAUUUAGCUUAGAAAAAAACUCGUCUCAUGCUCAGGGCUGAAAUUUGGGGAAAUUUUGAUCCUCUGUUAGCUUUGGGUUGUACAAGGAGGAUCAGGACAGUGUGGAUAUGUGACGCCUUUCCAGCAUUCCUGACAUUUGGGCAACACUACUUGUCUGGUUUGCCUCCGGUCCAACAUUAGGGGUCCCCUGACUUUCCUUCAAACCUAGAAACCCGGGCUCAUAGCCUGGAACUGGCAUCUUACCCUUGGCCCCUUGACCUUGGCUCCUCUGGGUUAUGGGUCCAGCAGAGGAGAAUGAGGUGAGCUCUUGAGAAUUAAUCCUCUUGGAUCAGCUUUCAGAGAAAGGCUUGGGUGCCCCUCGCCUUGUUACUGUCUGUCCAUCCAUCCUAGGGCCUGUAAGAGCCACAGCUGUUUUUUAAAUGCCAUCGCUAUCCUUUCAUACCUUUCUGUGGGACAUUGAUCUAUGAGCAUUGUUGGCUCCUAAAAAAUAGACAAUCCAUUCUCUUUUAAGCACAGUGUCUUCAAAGAAUAUUUUCCCUUUCUGUCCUGAAUAUUGUCAAAGUAUUUUUGAAAGUUCUUAACCAUAGUUUUCUGCUUUUGAGCACUUCUUAUACACACACACUCACACACAUACACACACACUAUGCAGGCUUCACAUAUACUAUAUCCUUUAACUCUUGAGACAGUACUGUGAUGUGGGUCAGAUUAUUCCCAUUUUAUGGGUAUGAAAACUGAGCCCCCCAAAAGAUAAUUAAGUUGUUCCAGUGACUUGGCUAGAAAGAGCCAGAGCCUGGCUUGAAUCCAGGUCUGUCAGAGUCAGAACCUUUGCACUUAGCAGCUGUGAUGAUCAGAAAACUUUUAGUCCAGGACUGUUUUGUUUCUGCAACUGGUUGUCCACUGCAUAAGUGAAGGAGGGAGACCACCCACCUUUUCCCCCAUCAGUGCACAGUAAGUUCCUGGUGACUGUGGGCUGUGGCUGGGCCAGUGUGGACUUCUGACAAAGGAGAGGCCAGAGCCUUCUGGUUGGGGCCAGGAGUACCAUCCAUAGUUGGUAAGGAUGGGGCAAAGAAAUGAAACUGACACAUUACUAAAGAAAGCCCCAUACUGGGUGUCCCUAGAACAGAUUCCUAACUGCUGCCCAGACUCCUCUCUCUGUUUUGCUUCUGAGUCAAGUCUUGUGAUGGACAACCCAGGUCAGAAAAGUCUGUGAUGUGGGAAAUGCCUUUCAAAGCCAAUCCUUUGAUGCCUUUUAAAGAAAACUAUUUCACAUCCAUCCAUUCAUCCUGAUAUUUGUUAAGGAUCCACUCAGCGGUAGGCACUCUGCUGACAUGAAAAGAAAACAAUGGUGACUAGAACAGCCAGUGGCAGGUGGUGUUAAGAGCCCGGUAGGAUGGACACAGCCACUGGUGCAGCUUUCUGUGUUUGAGUGACUGUAGCUCAGAAAUCAUUUCGACUGACUUUUCGCUUUCAACAAAUUCUAUUCUCUUUACAACAGGAAGGCCUCAUUUAGAUGAACGUGCCUUGCAGGAGUUUAUGCCAUGGGGCCACCUCAUAUCCAUCCAUCUGUUCUUUCUUCAUGUGUUCAAAAACGAUGCAUGAGCUUGGGUCACGGGCCAGGCCUGAGGACUGUCCCUGCCCAGAGGAGGUCUCCAAGUCUAGGAGGCAUGUUACGGAAUAGGCAAGGAUGUAGAGAUGGCAUAAGGAGGCAUCAAUUUACUAUCUUUCAGGCCAGAGAAACCUUCCUGCAAGGAGUGAUGCUUGAGUUAGGUUUUCAGAACAAAGAGAAAUUUUCCAGGAGGACAAGAGGAUGAGCAGGACAUUGGUGAUCAUUGAAGUGUGUGUGUGCAAAGGCCUGGAAGUUUGGAGCACCAGGUGCGUCCAUGGAGUCAUUCAGCGUUGCUGGGGCGGACAGUGUGAGGUGGGUGGUGGGCUUCACUUCGUGGUUGGGCAGGGUGGAUUGUAAGGAAACUGGUAGAAGGUGUGGGGGAGCUAGACUUCCUCAUGUACGGCAUCUGGAGCCGCUGAGGGCUGUGGUCAGGGGAGAUCAAGAGCAGGCUGCGUUUUAGAAAAAUUCCUUUGGUGGCUGAGUGGAGAACGGAGUGGAGGGGAGGGGACAGUGCUGGAGGAAUAGGAGGGCUCCAUGAGGAGGCCUUUCUGAAACAUCAGCACCGAAACAGGUGUGGUGAGCUGCCUUACACUGCCUCUACCUUUAUAGCAAAUAGUGAGCUUGAGUGCAGAAUUCAUUCCCAUGAAAUUCUCUGGAGAAGGCAUCUGAUGAGAGCUUUACAGUGAGGAGAAGGGAUCGUCAAAGAGCUAAUGCUCACUGCAGUUUGGGGUUCUGUUUUGUCUCAGGCUAGAGUUGCUAGGAGAGCCAUCGAGUCCCCCAGUCCUUUUCUUCUCCCCUUGCUCAGAGGCCGUGCUCUGAGUGCUACAGAAGCAGGCGUGGGGUCCAAACAAGACCACAGGCUCUUAGGGUGAGAAGAAGGGACGUGUUCUUUGGCUCUGAAUAAAAGUUUGGCUGAAUACUGUGACCAGUUAUCUGUCUGGAGAAAAUGUACAUAUGGGAAGCUCAGAAAUGUUAGGCCAUAGGAUAGUUUCCAGGAAAGUGUAGAUAUACUAUGGAAAAGGAUGAGAAAGUGUAGACAAACGAGCUGCGGUCUGGAUGCUGAACUGGGGAGUGGAGCGGUUUCUGAGCCUGUUUCCUUGGGAAGACAGGCAGGUGUGGAGUGAGGAGGCAGAGAGAGAGAUGCUUCUAGAGUCACAAGCUUGGCGCCAGUGGCUCUCUGUGCACGGGCUGGCACCCAGCAGUGAUGUGUGAGAGCAUGCGCAAACUUUCCCGAAACUUUGCAAAAAGCGCUGCGGAGAGACCAGCCCAGAUCUGUGCUCCAUAAGAGCCUUGAGACCUGACCCAAGUCACUGUCCGACUUUGGCCAGGUUAUACAGAUAAAAGUAACCUCCCUCAACACUCCUGUAAAGAAGACGGGGUUCUUCUGUAGACAGAUGAAUUCCUUUUAAAGGACUUGGUGGGAGGGAGCUGGAUUAGAAGCCUGGUCCAGUAAGAAUCCCACUGGGGAGCAUCACCCUUAUACCACUGAAUGUCCAUGGAGCCCAGCCUCUGCCCCCUGCCCAGUGGGUGUGUCAGUCACUCCUGAAUGGGCCAAGGCAGUCAUGCAUGUUGCUCAGGGCUGUCAUCACAGAGGGCUUCUACCGUCAACACAGGGAGAAGUGCCAUGAGGCCACUUCUCCGGUUGCUGUGGGUUGGAGAGAACCAUUCACCCAACAGCACAGUUCACUUCUGAAAGCCUAGAAGAUGGAAAGGAAGGGUGGAUUUUUCCACGGAGGUAGGCAGAGGGUCAGAUAGACACAUAGCCUACCCUCGGCCUCUGUGCCAUCUUUUGCAUGAGUAUAAAUUUUAUGCUGUAGCUCCAGGCAGGAGUAUGCAGUUUUUGUCUAUUGAACAAAUGAAGAAAGUUACUGCCUUUCCCCAGGAUACUCGUGUGGGUCAGUGGCAACCCUCGAGGUGGCUGUACUUUGCAGCUGUCUCUCUGAACGCAGAGGGAGCAGGUCCUUUUAGGUCUUCUCUACCACAUGAGCCCAAGCCUAAGAUGAUAACAUUCAGAGUCUGAAGGAAUGAAGGAGGGGACAAAUCUGUGCUCUCCACCUCCUCAGAAGGGAUACGGAUCCUCACAGUUCAAAACCCGAAGGGACUUAUGUCACCACAGCUCCACAUCUGUUCUGAGAGGGGCGCUUUAGAGUGUCAGGGGCCUGAACUGACUAAUGAAAUGUGCUUGUUGGUGCUCACUGGCACCACAAUAUGAACAAAUGUGCACAGCACACAGUAGAGUGACGAGCUCCAGAUGUCCUGUCUAAGCACGGAGGUGACCGCCUUUUUACCAGAACUGAGUGCACAGGUAGAGACCUGUCACCCACGCACACCGAUCCCCCUUCAGCCUCCCGCAGUGAGAAGCCACCUUACCCAGGACUCGGCAUGAGGGUUUCAGGCGGGGUGUCCCUCUCGACCUGAGAAAGCACCUUGCAUUGUUUUCACAUAGACAGGAAAUGAUGUCUAUGAUGAGGAAGAAUCAUCUCCUUUCAGGAAUGAUGGGGAAGAAUCUUCGGUUAGGGUUUUCUUAGAAGUGUAGAAGUUGUGGUUCGUGUUGGUUUGUACUUAGGUGGUAUGAAGUUUUGCCAAAUUGAUAUUUGGUGACCUUUGCCUUCAAGAUUGCCCCCAAAGUUGAGUCAUCACCAUGAGACAUUGGGGCCUGAAGACACGAGGAGGGACUUGGGCGCAGCGGGCAUGGGGAAGCACCCGUGGCUGCCCCCAGAUUGUCAGCCCCCGACAUUUCUCACCCACUGUUCCCAAGCAGCAGCGAUGGGUAAACCCCCUCAACCUUAGCAGUGUGAAGAAAAUGUUUUGAGGCCUUCAGGGGGUUGGUAGGAGAAUAGCUAGAAAAGCCCUAAUCUCUUUCCCCCGGAAUCUUGUAUAAUUCUGAGACAUGCAAAGGCCAGACCUUCUCUUUGAUAGUGAACCAGAAGGAGGAAGAUAAGUGGACCAAGGACAGGGGCUGCAUUAAGUACAUCAAAGCCUUCCUAAAAUGGGAAUAGAUGUGGGGGACCCCAACCCCUACAUUUCAACUCUACCCCAUGCCUAUCAGUCCUGCUUUGUGGGUGAUUGAUCUCCACAGGCUGCUCCACCUUUACACUUCUGUAAACUACGCUACACCGCUGAGUCCCGGCCCUCUCCCGGUGCGGGGGGCAGGGGUGCAGAACUAGUCCUGAGCCUGGCUGGCCUGGCAGGGCGCGGGGGCCCUGGUGGAGCGCAGUGUUCCCUAAAGCUGUGGGUGGUUUCGGUGAUACGUCUGUCUGACAAUCGUCCUCCCCUUGUACAUGCCUGGUCUGUGUUUAGCUUUUCCUAGUAUUGUGAGGUUUCAAAUAGGGGUUCCAUGUAAAUACUCUUUCUGCUACUGACAUGCCAGCCCCCGGAUUGUGCAUCCUCCCCACGAAGGGUUUUGCCUUUACGCUAACACUUUUUGAGCACUGGUGUGCAGAUUGACUAGUUUCUUGGGCUUUUAUUUUGCAAUUUUAUAUAUAUACACACACAUAUAUAUAAUAUAAUAUAUAUAUAUAUAUUUAUGGGUUGGUUUUGUACAGUUUUCUGUUUGAAUCUCUGAGCACCAAAGCUGCCCUUGGAUUUUCAAGAGAACUUUCCAAAGCCACUUGCUGAGCCCCCGCCGCUUUGGUGUUUGUGGUGCCGGGCGAUAUCUCUGCCCAUGGAUUUCUGUAUGUAUGUGCUGUUUUCUCACCUGCAGAUAUUACCCUAGUAAAUCUACCAUGCUUGGC